UCAUUUGCCCAGCCACCCGUCCGUCUGCUAGCUCAACCAAAGAAAGCAGCAGCUGGCUCCGAUCCCCCGCGCCGCGCGCCGGCCACCCCCGGCCCGGCCCCGCCCGCCCGCCUAUUUAUAAACCCCUCCGCCACCACCACCAUCCCAUCCACCACCACCACCACCACCGGGCCGGAGCCGAUCGAGCUCAUCAUCUCGCCUCACCACACUCACACGACGACGACGAUGAUGCCCCGGACCAGCCUCGACCUCGGCCUCAGCCUGGGCCUCAGCCUCACCUCCCAGGGCAGCCUCUCAUCCUCCACCACCACCGCCGGAUCCUCCUCGCCCUGGGCCGCCGCGCUCAGCUCCGUCGUCGCCGACGUCGCCAAGGCACGCGACGCCGGCGCGCACAUGCUGUACCACGCCUCCGCCUCCGCCGCGGCGCUGGACCGUGCCGCGAUGCGGGCCUCCACGUCGCCCGACAGCGCCGCCGCGCUCUCCAGCGGCGGCAGUGGGGACAACACCACCGGCACCAAGAGGGAGAGGGAGACGGAGCUCGAGCGCACCGGCUCCGGUGGCGUCCGUAGUGAUGAGGAGGACGGCGUGGACGGCGCCGGCGGACGCAAGAAGCUCAGGCUCUCCAAGGACCAGGCCGCCGUCCUCGAGGAGUGCUUCAAGACGCACAGCACGCUCAACCCCAAGCAGAAGCUGGCGCUGGCUACCCGCCUGGGCCUCCGGCCGCGGCAGGUGGAGGUGUGGUUCCAGAACCGCCGCGCCCGGACCAAGCUCAAGCAGACGGAGGUGGACUGCGAGUACCUCAAGCGCUGGUGCGAGCGCCUCGCCGACGAGAACAAGCGCCUCGAGAAGGAGCUCGCCGACCUCAGGGCGCUCAAGGCCGCGCCCUCGCCCGCCGCCGCGCAGCCCGCCUCGCCCGCCGCCACCCUCACAAUGUGCCCGUCCUGCCGCCGCGUCGCCGCCACCGCCACCGCUGCCGCGUCGCCCACUAAACACCACCACCACCAGCAGCAGCAAUGCCACCCCAAGCCUAGCUCUAGCCUCACCCCCGCCGCCGCCGCAGCCGCAGGUGGCGCCGGCAGUGUCGUGCCUAGCCACUGCCAGUUCUUCCCGGCCGCCGUUGACCGGACGAGCCAGAGCACAUGGAGCACCGCCGCGCCGCUCGUCACCAGAGAGCUCUUCUGAUGACAUGGCACCCAUCCAUGUCUGUCGAUCGACCAAGCGAUCGAUCUUGGCAUGGCAAGUGGAGUAGGGGAGAUUGAAGAAGAAGAUGAUGAAUGCGAUUAGGAGAAGAACAACAGGUUCUGGUUAGGAGGAUCUCGCAGGUGGUGGUGGUGGACUGGCGUUGGGGUAAUUAAUCAAUUAAUUAAUUAUUACAGUUAAUCAAUCAGGAUUCAGGAGAUGAGAGGAGAUUGUUUUGCUUUUCUUUUCUUUCCUUGUUUUUUUUUUUCAUUUUCGAUGAAUUCAUUCAUCAGUUGGGUUUCUGAAAACGACGAAUGAGCAACAAACAAACAAAACAAAAGAUGGCUGUCUGCUUUUUCCUGGACGCCGUGUUAUGUAAAACCAGCUCACCUAAUCUCUGCUGCUGGUUGGUGAAAAAUAACAGCGUUGAGUGAUUGUACUAGCUACUACUACUAAUUGUUUGGUGAAGAAAGUUAAUGGGAAUGAAAUCUUUACAAAUA